CCUCCUCUGAUUGGCGGGGGCGUGUCCCCCGGCGGCUAGACACAGCGCAUCACACAUACAGUUGCUGUCAGUGUAGUACAGUAUAAUAGCAGAGCGUACAGGAUGUUUUCCGGUAUGAGGGUGACAGCUGCAGCCAGCAGGGUGCUGCACGGGACGCUGCGGGGCUACAGUAACAUGGCGGCGGCCGGGAGAGGGCUCAUCUUCAGGCAGCUGUUUGAGCCUGUCAGUUGUACAUACACCUAUCUUCUUGCUGAUGAGGCCACCAAGGAGGCUGUUCUCAUCGACCCUGUCCUGGAGACUGCAAAUCGAGAUGCAAAACUCAUCCAGGAUCUUGGCCUGAAAAUGGUCUACGCAGCCAACACUCACUGCCACGCUGAUCACAUCACCGGGACGGGGGUUCUGAAGAAGCUGUUGCCCGGGAGCAAGAGCGUCAUCUCCAAGGACAGUGGCGCACUCGCUGACGUCCACAUUCAGGAAGGAGAUCUCAUCAAAUUUGGGAACUUUUCCCUGGAGGCCCGGGCCACUCCCGGCCACACUGAUGGCUGCCUUACCUAUGUGCUGAAUGACAAAAGUAUGGCCUUCACGGGCGAUGCGCUACUCAUCCGAGGCUGUGGGCGCACUGACUUCCAGCAAGGCUGUCCCAAUACGUUGUAUCAGUCCGUACACAGUAAGAUCUUCACCCUGCCCAACAGCUGCUUCCUGUACCCGGCUCAUGACUACACUGGUCAGACGGUGUCGACUGUAGAGGAGGAGAAACGUCUGAACCCGCGGCUGACCAAGUCUGAGGCAGAGUUUGUGAAGAUCAUGAAUAAUUUGAACCUGCGUAAACCUGCACAGAUAGAGGGCCCAGUCUCCUGCGGAGCCCGUCUAUUCCCCAUGGUCCUUACGGAGUUCCCAGCAUCCACUAGGACGUCAGAGAAAACUCCUUAUACUCCUCUAUUAUGGUCAUAUAGGCCAGAAACCUCGCAGAGGACUACCUCUUCCUAAUCACAACUGCAGGGGCAUUCAACAUGCAGCCCUCCUCUUGCUGUGAAAAUACUCUUCUCAGCAUGCACUGCCACAGUUAUAACAUGCCCUAAAUGCUAAAUUGUGUCAGGGCAUGCUGGGAGUUGUAGUUCCACAGUAGCUGGAGGGCCGACUUUGUAUUGAAUACUACCUGCCCUCUUGCAACUUCACAACAUGAGGCAAUUUGACGUUGAAUUUAAAACUUUCUGUUGGCGAAUCAGUGGUGACACAGGAGCGGUACCAAACAGUACUCUGGAGGUACUGCCAAGUCAGGGAUUAAAGAUUGCAUGCAGUAACUCAUUCACAAUUAUUAGGGCAACAGGAAACCCCCUGUGUUUAUAUGUAUAACUUGCCAUAAAUCCAUAUGCCAGUAAUUAGCUACAGCCGGCAGACAUCUGGUACGGGUUACCCGCCAUGUCUUGCUGCUGCUGUUUUGGUUCAGAAACACUUCUUCAGCCUUUAUGUUCCAGUGUAAGUUCUGAAAGGUCUGACAGACGCCAGAUGAACUCCCUUCUCCGAUAAACUUUACUACAUCUGUUAAAUAUUGGUUUUAAAUGGAUCAUGCAUCUUCUGGACGUAACUAUACUCUACAUCCGUAAAUACCAAACUAAUUAUUUUUAAACAUUA